CCGCUUAUGCGGUAACAUGUUCUCCACUUGGAAGAUAAAAUUGACUGUUACCGAUAAAAUGACACCGUGGCUGAUGGCCAUUUUCUGCUUGGCCACCGCCGGUUGUUCCAAUUUAACCGAUCAGUUAACGUCCGAGACCAAUUACAAUAAUAACAAUAAUAAUAAUAACAAUAAUCAACAAGUGGCGAUUCUGAAGCAGAUCAGGAAAAUCAACGAGGACGGUUCUUACACUUAUGGAUACGAAGCUGGCGACGGAUCGUUUAAGGUGGAAAGUCGCGACGUUUUGGGGAAUAUUAAAGGGACGUUCGGUUUCGUGGACGCCGACGGUGAGAUCAAACGCGUGUCAUACUCUUCUUCGAACGGGACGGGCUUUAAAGCGACGACGCUGUCACCGUUGCGCGAGCACGUUCUGAGAAUAAAUAAAACUACAGAAAAACCGUCGACUGCAGCAACAGCCUUGUCCCCGUCGAGGGAGCACAUAUUACGCAUAAACAGAACUAGUACAACGCCGAUUGCCAUAGUGAAAGCGGAAACGGUGCCGACGCUGUCAACCUUGUCUUCAUUGAGAGAUCACAUCUUUAGAAUAAGCAAUCGCACGACGAUUCCGAUCGUGACAGAGAGAACGCCGAUAAUAAUCGCUAGUAAUACUAAUAGGAAACCAUUAGACUUAGUCACCAGACCGUCUAGCAGGUCUUCGGUGGUUCAGCCUAUUCCCAGAAGCAAUAGGAAAACGAAUGCGAGCACCGAUGCCGAUGAUACGGAAGACGGUAAUACCAGCACGACUCCGAUCUCGACGACGACCAGCACCGAUCAGCCGAGAACGAUAUUCAAUCAUUAUUUAUUAAAAAACCGGCCUCGUUUCAUGAUCAACGGGCAACAGAGACCGUUGAUGGUAAUUGAGAGAGAGAAUGUGGAAACAGAACCGAGCGUGGGAGACGAGGAAGAGGACUCCCAGAUAAAUCGACCAAACACGGACAGCAAUAGUAAUCGAACGAAUCAUAGAAAUUACAAGAACUAUAGGAGAAUUAUUUUUAACAAACGUCCCGACGUCAAAUCGGAGGAAGGAGAAAAAGGAGAGAGCGUUAAACCGAAGGAAGACGUCAAACCGUCGGUACAAGAAAAAGACGAGGAAAGGGAUGACGAUGAAAAAUUGAAAGUUAGGGGGAACAAUUUGAGGAGACAAUUGAACGAAGAUACUGUUAAUCCUAAUAAGGAAACAAUUAGCGUUAAAGAAACGAUUAACACGGAUGAGACGAUUAAUAGGAGGCAGGUGAUUAAAAAUCCAAUUAUAGAAAAUGCUAACAGUGAGACAGACCACUCGGACGUUUACGGUGGUUCUCUGUUAACCGACAGGCCUUUGUUCACGAUGAUACCAAAGACGUCGACUGCGACGACGACGUCGACGACGCCGAGAGUCGUUCAGCGCGUUUCCUCAACCGUUAAGCCAAAAGCUUACUUGAACCGUGAGAGUCUAGGAAGCAAUAUAAAGUAUGACGAUUCCGAGGUGUACGAACCGGAAAUUCGACAAAAUGAGCCGAGCCCGAGAAUGAGGAAUCAACAAGUGUUGCCGGCCAGGUUGCCAGAAAAUCCAGGAUCGAUUCAAAGACCUGUACUAGCCUCCAGGCUGCCCGAGGAGAGGGAAUACAUUCGAAAUCGACCGAUUUUUAAUUCUGACAAUCAAGAAUACGCUCGGAACGAGCCGAUUUUGGUACCGAGGAUCCCAGAACAGAGAGACUACGUGACCAACGGGCCGAUUCUGAUUCCCAGAGUGCCGGAGAACCAGGAGUACGUUACCAAUCGACCCAUAUUGAUCCCGAGGAUACCCGCGAACCCGGAAUACGAUCGGAGUCGAAGUAGAAUACCCGAGGGUCAAGACCUGAGACCACUUUUGGAGGACCCACGAUUCGUUCAAAACCGACCAAUUCUGAGUCCCAGAGAGCAAGACUUCGUCACGAACGGUCCCGUUUUGAUAAGAAAUCGGCCAGUUCUCAUUCCUCGGAUACCCGACGACCGGUUCAUCGAUUUCCGUGAACAAAAUUACGCUCGUCAGAAUUUCUUCGGGCAAAGGCCGGAACAGUUCAUCGACGACAUACCUAGAAGAGUCGUCGCUUCUCAGGAACCUCAAGAUUACAGAUCCGCGAACGUGGAGAGAGUCCUGCUGAGGCCCCUGCCGGGUCAACAGGAAGCCAACAUUCAUUAUUCCACGGAGAAUCCUCAGGACUUAUCCUCGACAGUGGAUUCGAAUUUGAGAUCGAAAACAGUGAACGAGGAAACGACGACUGUUUAUCCUUACAAGGGUCCCGUGAUCCUGCGGCCAGCUAUCGUACAAAAUUCGAACAGGCUCAGAUCCAAAACCACAGUAAAACCUGGGAAUUACGAAACUACUACUGAACAAGCGUACAGAAUAAUUCCAGAAUCUAGCCCGAGGCCCGAAUCGAUUUUGAACGACGAUCGCAAUGAGAAUUACGAUACGAACACUGAAUAUAUUCAUAGAAGUAUGAUCCCGCUUCCGCCCGAGUUGCCUAAUCCUAUCGCCCCUCCUUUGAGCAGGAGAGACUUCCAACUGCUACUCAGGAGAUUAUUAAUCAGUCAAUACGGAAUUCAAGCGUUGAUGUAUCCAAGAAAUUAUUAUAUGGAGAACGUAUUGAACGAUCAGCAAGGCUACUCGACUUACCAAACCACGGAGUCGGUGAAUUAUAAUAAUCAGGAACUGCAGCCUUCUAACGUCGAUGGUUACAGUCACCGGGGACUUCAGAGGGUCAGGGACGGUGCUAAUUACGAGCAGCGAGGAUACAGAAAUUUCAAAGAUAACUCCAGAGAACGCGUUAAGUACAACGAGGAAGAGGGAUUAGAGGUUGCCACGGAGAAAAUUAAUUACGACUACGAUUCUCGGGACAGUAAAGAGAAUUCAAACUACAAUUUCCGGAAGAACGUGAAUUACGAUCAACGAGAAUCGCAGCAGGAUUAUCAAAAUUAUGGUGAAAAUCGACAGAGUUCUAAUUACAAUGACAAUCAAGAGUACAAAGUAUCUGAAAAUGAUCAUAAAAAGAAAUUACAGAGCGUCAGAGUUAACGAUUAUGAUUCGGAAUCGGAGGUCAGUUACAGUAGUCAAAAUCCCAGGAUGAGGUCCAAGGAUAAUAUGAAUUAUAAUAAACUUUCGCUUAGGUACGGAGAUAGGGUUGCCAUAAGGCGUCCCGUGUACUCCGACAGUUCAAGUCCUCAUUAUCAAGACAAUUAUGACAAUUACGAGGAUAUGUACUCGAAACGAGUCUACAGGCAAAAAUUGUAUCAGAAAGAAGCCGUUGACGAUGACAAUGAAAUAUUGCCUGGACCAAUUAGGGAAGCUUUGCUGUUGCGGAUGCUUCAGAUGGUUAUUAACAACGAUAGAAUGAUGCCUAUGACUUCUGCCAAUAAUUAUGAAAAUAGUUACGAGAAUUAUUAUAAAAAAAGAGGACCGGUCAGGAGCGUGCAAAUUCUCGGAGAGGAAGAAGAAGGGAGCAACGAGAACGAAAGGAAAGAAGAAAAGGAGAUGAAGAUGAAAGAGAAAAUGCAAUGAAUUUCUCUAAUUCUCUAUAAGCAAUUUUUUCUAUAUAUAGAGAAUUCGACGAAUAUUUGAUGACUCGUGAAAAAUCCAAGUUACAUUCUGUAAAUAAUUAAUUGUAACGUGACGUAACGUAUGUAAUAAAUACAGAUCGUAGAUUUUUUCCUA